CUUUCCUCUCCUUUACCUUUCCAUUUUUAAGUUUACCAUGAAGUUGUUGCCUCGUAACCUGUCUGGUUACCAGGCCACUAUAUCAUUAUUUACAGUCACAGCAUGUCUCUUGAGUUCUGUAAAUGCUGACAAUUCAACCGACCCUUGUGCAGCCAUCGCCCGUAAAAAGAUUGCAACAUUCACUGAAGCCAAAGCAUGUCUUCAAUAUUUCCCAUUCGAUAAAGAAGCCGCAGACCAAACCCUUGACACUGUCCAUAAGAUUGUUACAGAGCUUUAUGUCUUUAAAGACAUUGCAGCAUCUCCACCAAAAACAAAAGGUCUUUCAGUCGUACCAGUAGAUCUCGAACACGGAAUCAACAUCAUCAGAAAUCAGGCAUGGAAUUCAGAUCAAGAAUUCCAGGAUUCUAUAUCACUACUUCUUGACAAAGUUCAUGAUGCUCACUUGGCCUACUCCCCUUACUGCUACCGUCAGUUCCUAUUCUGGCAACCAAUUCAGCUCAAUGCAUUGAUCCGAAACCAACGACUGGUUGUUAACGUAGCCUAUGUAAAAAACGAUGUCUGGCCCGAAGCCAAGGAAUCUUGGGUUGGCUGCGAGGUUACCAAGAUCGAUGGUCGUGAUGCAUUCGAUAUGGUUGUGGACUAUGCUGUAAACAACAACGGCGAGAGCAAGGACGUAAACACCUGUUUCAACAACAUCAUGAACACCAAGAGCUACUUCCACGGCUGGGACGACGGUGCUGAUGAUCUUGGCUAUCAUCGUUUCUUGCCCGCUCAAGAAGUACACGACUACACUCUCCGAUGCCCUUCCAAUGGAACCUCGCCUUCGAAAGAACAAUUCGACGAACCUUUCACCGUGAGUAUUCCAUGGGUCGCACAAGUCCCACAGGGAUUUCAUUCUGCAAAGGACUAUUGGACAAAUUACUGUUAUUCUGGACACUCCACCUUCCGUAAGCGUAGUCUGUCCGAGAACGAGGCUGUCAACGCUGCAGUCCAGAUGCUCGACGUAGACGAACUGACCAAGAUUCACAACAACCAUGUCUUUGAUCUCACGCCACCUGCACAGAAUGCCGGUCCUGAUAGCUCAGAAGGCGAAUACGUCCAUUUUGCCGCGCUUGAAGGAGAAAACUCCAAAGUUGGUGUGAUUGAUAUCCGCAGCUUUUCGAUUGCAAACGAAGAUCGUGAUGCCUUUGCUGACAACUUUACUGCUGGCCUUGAGAGCUUUGAGAAGAAAGGAAUCGAAAAGAUUAUUAUUGAUCUCUCUAGUAAUGGAGGUGGAGAUGCUUGUGCCGGUGAAUUCAUCAUCAACACAUUUUUCGACGCUACCCCUGAAUAUGCCUCUGACGUAAAAUACUCACCUUUCCUUGAACGUGUGAUCAAAAAGUCGUAUGAGACAGACUCUGGAAAAUGGAUUGACUACAAGUCCGAGAAGUUCAAAGGCGCCGAAUGGUACACACACCCUGUUGAGUAUGAGCGCGGUGGUAAAUCCGUGAAUUUCUCUCAGCCCAUCACCCUCAGCUGCGAAAGCUGGGACUCCAGCUUGACAGCCAAGCGCUACAACAACAAGAUCUGGAAGGCGUCCGAUCUCUUGAUCCUGUCUGACGGUCGUUGUGGAUCAACCUGUGCUAUUGUGGCCUCUCGCCUGCGUCUUUCUCACCUUGUUCCUGCCAUGGGUCUUGGCGGUGUUCGUGGCAACCCUAUGCAAUUUGCGUCCUUCCCGGGUGGUGAAAGCGAACGUCUUUCGGGAUUCCUGCUUGAGCUCCAGUCUCUUGGUCUCCAGAAUGAUCCUGAUGCACCCAAGCCUUUCCCCCAGAGAGCAGACAUGGGCUGGACUUUCCGUGAAUCUUACCGCCCCGCCAAGGACUCGGAUGGACCCUUUGGGGAUUCAAAGAACUUGCUCGAAUACACAGCUACCAAUGCAGACUGUCGCAUGCAUUUUACAGAUGAGAAUGCAGAUGAUAUUGAAGUACUUUGGGGACAAGUUGCUCAAGUGGUCCUCAAAGGACAAUGUCCUUUAAAAGAGGAGUAAGAUAAUAUAUAUAUAUAUAUAUAUAUAUAUAUUUAUUUAAAAAAUAUAUAGUUAUUAUUUUUAUAAUUUUCUUUUCUUUUUCUUUUUUUGAUUAUUAUAUUUCAUCUUCUCUACUAUUCCACUUGUUGUCCUUGUCAUUUCUAUCUUUUUACCUUUCACCUCCUGGCCACCUCUUAUUAACACCUUAUUCUCUUCUUCCUUGUCCUCUUCUUUAAAGCAAAGAAAAACUGUGACAAAUAAAUAAAAACUUGAUGAUUUGAAAGCAUUUCUAUAUCACAUAU